AUGGUGGUGGUGACGUCGGGUUGGAGCGGCGGCGGAGGUGCCCGAGCGGUGCCUCCGGUCUCGGAGAACGACAGCGGGGAGUACGGGGAGGAGGAUGGAGGACUGGCGGCGCUGCUGGAGAACACCGCCGCUUUGGGAGAAGGGAGGAAGAAGAAGAAGCCGUCGAGGUGGCCCCCGGGCUUCCGGUUUCAUCCGACGGACGAGGAGCUGGUUCUGUACUACCUCAAGAGGAGGAUCUGCCGCCGCCGCAUCCAGAUGGAUAUGAUCGGCGAGGUGGACGUCUAUAAGUGCGAGCCCUGGGAGCUGCCUGGUAUAAUUCUCCUCAGAAAACUCGCCAUCGUCUACAGGAUCGAAUUCCGUGAGCUAUAUCUUUGUUUAUUGUGUGAUCGUCCCCUGCUCCUCCGAAUUUCUCUCGGACAUCCCUCCACCCCCGCCGACGCGAUCGUCUGAUGCCGUCGCGCCUGACUUCAUCUUCGUUUUACGGCGAUUCCUGAAUUCCCUUUCGCCGCUUCAUCCCACCAAUGCUUUCAUUUGUUUUCGGCUGAGAGCAAUUGUUCCGUCACAGCGGAUCGCGAGCUUUUCGUCACGAAGCUUUGUAAUCAAUGGAGUCCUCUCAUGAAAAGGGGAAGGGUAAACCUAAUUUCAGAGACUCGUUAAGCGUGGUUGUGACCUAAAUGGCAUCCCUCUCUCGCCCUUCCUUUUUCCGGUUGAUCGACAGAAUUCCUCCGGAGUGAAGCUCUUUACUCUGGGAAUCUCACCUUCUUCUGCCUCCUGUGGUCUUCCCCGACGAGUUUUUUUCUAUUGGUAGAUCCUUCCUCUUUUCCUUCUUGAUUUCCAUCAUCUCGCGGGAUGAUCUCUUGGAAUGAUCCCUGUAGCCACAGCGAGUCUCCUUCAUUUCUGAUGUGUUUGUUCUUGAGACUAAAUGCUUCUUCUCUUGUUUUUUUUUUCCCUUGAACAGAGAAAUCGAUCCUGAAGACCGGCGACAAGCAGUGGUACUUCUUCAGCCCCAGGGACAGGAAGUACCCAAAUGGAUGGAGAUCGAACAGGGCCACCAAGACUGGGUACUGGAAGACCACCGGCAAGGACCGGCCCAUCUCCCACAGCUCACGUCUGGUGGGCAUGAAGAAAACCCUGGUAUUCUACCAUGGACGCGCCCCGAAAGGCGAGCGCACCAAUUGGGUGAUGCACGAGUACACCAUGGACGAGCAGGAGCUCUCCAAUGUCAGAAAAGCACAGGUUUUUGGACAAGUCUGAGACUGCUCUCCUUCUGUUCUCGCUCGAUUCCUGGGUGUAAUUAUUAGUCUUCUCCAAAAUAUUUGCAGGAUUCUUUCGCCGUUUACAAGGUGUAUGAGAAGAGCGGACCAGGCCCCAGGAAUGGGGAGCAGUAUGGGGCUCCUUUCAGAGAAGAGGAGUGGGUAGAUGAGGAAGCAGUCGACGACACAGUGACUGGCCCAGAUGACACUGAAACUGUUCCACGGGUGCUUCCCUCUCUUGAUGUUAUGGCCACGGCGCAGAGCAGGGGAGAUGGCAGUGAUCUCCCCAUGGAUGAGCUGGAGAUGCUUCUGAUGCAGGCCGAGAACGAUCAAACAACAGAUUCGCAGCCUGCAACUCAGAGUUUAGAUAUCUUGGAGAUCACAUCGGAGGUGGGAAAGUUUUCGUCAACUUAA